AUGCUUAAAAAAAGAAUCCAAGAUGUUCUCUACGAAUCUAACUCUGUAUUAUUACCUAUUGAAGGCUAUCAAAAUGAACGACUAGUACCAUUGGAAGAAGCAAUUGUGCCACUCUUCACAAUUUUCGAUAGAAAAAUACUUCAGAGGAAUGUGUGGAUUGCAAAAAAACGUUGCGAAAGCCCCGCUGAUGGUUUAUCACGAGAUGAGUCGGCAUCAAUUACACUCUAUACAUUUGAAUGGAAUACGAAUGAAAGUAGUUUUUAUUUUAUUUUGAAUCAAACAUUACGUAUGGAAGACCGACAAAAACUCAAACCAUGGUUUUUAUAUUUAAAACUAUUUAUUACUGCUCUUUCUCGACUUCCACCUAUUGCUGACACUGCUUAUCGAGGUAUAAAAGCUGAUUUGACAAAUCAAUAUAAACCUAAUAGCUAUUCAGUUUGGUGGGGUGUGAGUUCAUGUACUGAUAAUAUUGAAAUCUUACAGUCAGAGCAAUUUUGUGGUAAGACCGGUACGCGGACAAUAUUUGUUAUUAAAUGUCUUAAUGGUCGUUCUAUUAGAAAUCAUUCAUAUUAUCAACAAGAAAACGAAAUCAUAUUAAUGCCUGGUAGUUAUUUUCAAGUGGAUGGCUGUUACGAUCCUUCUGAUGAAUUUCAUAUGGUACAACUUCGAGAAAUAAAACCACCAUAUGAUUCUGUCCCACGCGCUGAUACCAAUCAAUGGCGUCAAACAACACCUGGCAUAUGUCUUGAAGGUAUUUGUACCAAUACAGAUUGCAUCGCGUAUCAACAAGAAGUUAUUAUUCCUAUUGGUUUCAGAAAAUUUAACGUUCUUACUGAUGCGACUGCAUCGAUAUCUAAAUGCCCACUAUGUUCUACCUAUAGCAAAGUUUCAAAGAUAGGUUUUAGCCAUUGUCAAUGGCGCUAUCGUGGCAUUAAACAGCGCGUAUCCGGUGAACAACCUAUUAGCUGCAUGGAUGAAUGGUGUGAUAUUGGUGAAUACUCAAUUUUCAAACAUGAAUCUCAAGAAACAUAUACUUGGCUUCAAUUGAUUAUCGAGGCAAAACCAAAAUGA